AUGUCGUCCACACCUAAGACUUAUUUCAAAAAAUGGUUAGGCUUAUUCAUCAACUCGUUCCUCUUGAUCAUUAUAUCCAUAGAUUAUGGAGAAUCCUUUUUAAUCACCAAUAGUCAACGUAUCAUAUCAUUAUUAUCUGCCAAAAAUGUAAUUUUAAAUCAAAAUGUUUGUCCAUAUACAAAUUAUUUAGAAUGUAGUAAUAGAAUUAAAGCUAUAAACUCUACACAUCAGUUAAAUGAAGACGGAAUUAGAGAAAACACGAAUGUCGUUGACUCCGAAACCAGGAUUUCAAAUAACAUAUUAGCUUUAUUAUGCAGUUCCUCUAAACAAACGGAAAUAUUAAGUAAAUUACACGACCUUAUAUCGCAAAAUGGCUCAAAUCUGAAAAGGAUUUUGUAUGUUACCGAAUCGCAAAACAGACUUUCUGAGAUGGUUAAUUUUUUUACCGAAAGCGGUCAUCGAAACAAAGUGAACACAAUACUUCAGGGUCUUAUAUCUUUUAAUGAUGGUUCCUUUACCACAAUAGCUAACGGCCACGCAAUGCAGAAGUGUUAUAGCAAUUGGUUCAACAAUAACAUCAAUUUAUAUGAGGAAAAUGACUUGAAGUUAAACGGAGAGGAUGUUACUGAAUCAAACAGAGAACAGUUUAAAGAGUGUCUAAUGUCAUUGAUGAACUCAUAUUUCAUGAAAGAUGAGGAGCUGGCGAGUUUGGAAUACACAAAAAACCCAGAGAUUACACUGGAUAAACAGCUCCUGAUUUCAACAAAAAGAUGGAUUGAUAAUAACUACGUUGAAACUGAAAAUAUAGUGGAAAGGAUGAAAAGAGUAGAAAAUAAAGAAAACGUUAUAGUGUUUGAUAAUUUUGGAUACGAAUUAAGAAGAAAUGAUGAUGCGUUGAUGUAUAAAUUCAGUGAUCAAACAGUGGCAGCCUUAAAGCCAAACACGGUAUUCAUUGGAACGACAAAUAGUAUAUAUAACACGCAGCACGUGACAAGUUGGCUCUACACAUUAUUUGGGAACGUUACAACAGUGACAAUGUCCAAAUCGCCAAAAUUUAAGCUGUUAACAAGAUACGGGGAUUUAGAUGUAUUCACAGAGUCGCAGGAAACGUACGCAAAAAAGUAUAAUAAGCUGGAGGAAAUAGAAACGAAGGAACUUUGGAGAUAUUUUACAAAAAAGUCGAACCUGGUAAAACUAACAAACGUAAACCCGGAGUUGAACAAAGUAAUAGCAAGAGCAAUAAAGGACUCGCUAAGCUACCUAGGAAUUGGAACAUACCAUAGGCUGAUUAGAGCAUCAACAAAAGUGAGAGACAUGUUUAAGCCAUAUAUAAGGGAGUUGAGAAAGACUGAAGACUUCAGUAAAGCGGAAGAUAAGGUGGAUUAUCUGUUGAAUUACAUCGUUGAUGUGUCGAAAAAUAAGACACUGGCAGGAUUUAUUGAAAGCCUGCAUUUGAACGAUGUGAUAAAGCAACAGCAAUGCCCGGGUGUACACGGACUGCUAAGUUACAUAAAGAAGGAAAAUUUAUAUCCAGCAGUAGUUUAUAAAUUGAAUGAUAACCUACCAAAGUUGAUGUAUAAAUUCUAUGAGUAUUUUAAAGAAAAGGAGAGUGGAUUUGAUGAUAGUGAAGAGUACAAAAACUUAGUAAAGAGGAACACGGAUAAGCUAAAAGUGGUGGUUUCAAAUACGAAGGUACCUUCAGCCAGUCACUAUAUAUUCUUGGACUCUUAUGUGAAAACAAAAUACGGGAACAAUAUGAUGUCAAAUGCCACAUUGUAUACACUGACACAGGGUGGUAGGCUUGUGACAUUUACAAUGGAUAUGGAAUAUAUGGUACACAAUAUCAGAGCACUGGUGUCGCCACUAUACAUUAACCUGAAUAAGAUGAAGUUAUUGGGGAAUGAACAUAAUGAAAUCACGGAAUUACUGUCUAAAAGAUUAUUUGGAUCAUAUCUUGGAGACUGUAAGAAGGCAUACAAAGAAAGGUCGCCAGAUAUAUUUGAAAUGAUGGACCUGAAGAAUAAACUGGAAAACCAAUUAAGAAGUAAAAACAUAGAUACCACUAGACUUAAGGAAUUGGAGAGGAGAAUUAAUAGGUCGAAAACGGCACUUGGCUCGGUAAGAAACACACUAAUAACCAGGUACAAUUUCAGAUCGCAUUUAAUCGAAACAAUAAUGAGAACGGUGCCAAUGAGAGGCUCAAUAGUCCUAGGAAUGGAUUACAAAGAGUACAAGCUACUGGACGUAGGAGAAGAUCCAUUCAAGUGCCUGUCAUUCAAGGAGGAACCACCAGACGCAGCAUUAUCAGAACCAUCAGACAUGAUGAAGAAAACGAUAAAGAAUUUGAAAAACAAAACGGGAAGUUGUGUAUUGCUCCAAGAUGUAGAGAGUGGCGAUAAAAUCAUAACAGAAAUGUCAUUUAUUUUGGACAUUGUUAAGCUAGAAGACCCGGAAAAGGUUGAAAAUGACAUUAAUGUUGAGCAUAUGCCAAUAGAAGUAAAUAAUAUAUACAGUUACGAGAUUAAGCCAGAAAAUGACUACAACGACUAUUUUAGCGUACAAGAUAUAAGCGUUAACUGUAUAAGCUUAAACAAAGAAAUUGAAAUAGAAAGACCAAAACUAUCAUCAGUAUUAACAGGAGAAAUAAAAGACAAAAUAAAAAAUAAAGUAAAUGAAUAUGAAAGGAGCGUUAAGGAAAUGGAAAAACUGUUAAGUAGAGCAAUGGAAAAAGAAGAAAUAGAAGAAGAUAAAGGAGAGAAGAAGUUAAAUGAUUUGGAAAACAAGUGCGAAGAAUACGUCAAACUGGAAAAGAAGCUCAAAAAUGUUGAUCUGGAACAAAUAAUGAGAGAACAUAGAUUCAAAAGAACAUUUUUUGGCAUUUAG